UUAAUUCGGAAAACUGUCCUUUGGCGUUCACUUUCUUUGUGAUUACUCACUCACAUUGCUUUUUGUUAAUGUUGACUGACGUUACUCCGACUACUCCUUACCUGGGGCUUGGCCAUGUCCCCUCCUGUACUGUACUCUGUACCUAAUUUCCUAUUCUGUAACGUACCGCGACCGGGGUGCCUCAGGCAGACAGACUGAUAUCAUAUACAAUACCAGCCUCAUUCACCCUGCCAUAUCACCCCCAAGUACCCAAGGCUCCAACAUGACUAGACAAAUUAUAAUGCCUUCUCAGGCUUUGUCCAUAGUAACAAUGUUGCCUGGUCCAAAAAAAAGUAAUAACCCCUUAUUUCCUCACUGCGUCGGCGCUUCUCAGUAUACUAUACGUUUCCAUCUUCUCAUUGUUAUCUCAAAAUUAAGUAUACCUGCCAAUAAUCCACCAGGUUUUACAUCCUAUGAGGAACCAAUCUAUUCAUAUGCAUAUUGACUAGCAAGGCCCAUAGUCAUAUUAUAGCUCAAGAGCAUAUUCUUUCUAUCUCAAUACUAUCAACGAAUUACAUACAUAGUUCACCCAAGCCAUCCCUCUCACAACUGAACCACAGCCCUCCCCUUAAGAAAAGAAAAGGACAAAAGGAUUAAAGAAGCACACGAUUCUAACUAAGACCUUACCCCCCCAGCGUCUCCCCAAAGAAUGGACUCCCGCCUCACCUAACCCGAACUCAUAGGGUCCUCCGCUCCCAAACAUGGAAGACAAACCAUGGUAUCCAGAAGACUACAGACAAGCUCUCCUCAACACUCUCACCGAGGAAAAGCUGACAGAACUCCUCGAAAAACAAAACUGUGCACCGCGCUUCGUCUACGGGGUACUCAUGCUCCCCACCGUAUUGAAGUAUAUCAUAGAGGACCAAGCUUCCGACAUCACGGAAUGCAUGACUCGUGCCUACAUAUCAGGGUACAAGCUCUACCAGAUCUCACCGAGGAGUCCGCCCGUCGUCAUUCGAACAUCUAAUCCGCAUGAUACUGUGCAAGGGAUGGUCGUGUUCGGGCUAGAUGUGAAUCAGCGGAACUUGAUCUAUGAUUUUGAAGGGGGGCUCAUGAACUUGGUGGAUGUGAGGGUGCAGAUUCGACUGAAGGAUAGUAGUUUACUGAGCCAUGAUAUUCGCAGUGGACGGACGGUUGAUGCUGGGAUGUUUGCUUGGCUUGAUUCGAAGGAGGGCUUGAUACCUGUUGAGAGUACGGCUUGGUCGUUGGAUGGGUUCUUGAAGGGGAGUUUCUAUGAGAAUAUUGCUCAGUCCCAGCGUAGGGUUAUGUUGGAUGGGUCGAGACGGAUUUAGUGAGCCUCAGCGGAAUGAGUCGUCUCUUCUUCCUUUUAGCGGGGAUUCGUGAUUUAUUGGCCGUUUUAGCCGGCGUUUUGCCUUGUAGGGCAUGCAUGAUGGUAUGCAAGGACUAACGGGAGCAUUGGUGGUUGGAGUUUAGUGCACUUACCGUUGUACACAUUAGAUGGUACUAGAUAAAGAAG